AGAAAGAAAGGAAAGGAUCGAAACGGAUUAGAAUCGAGAUCUGCCUUCCCCUCUGUCCUCGUAGCUGCCAAUAAACCGCGGUUGUCCACGGUUAUUAACGCAAUUAGAAUAAUCGAUCGUCCAACGGAGUACGGCCGAUAUCGCGGCGUAAUGGCAUUAUUACGACGACACGAUGGGAAUGAUGUAAGGUGACGUGCGGCAAUCCGUCGGGGGAGGGAAGGGGGAGGAACGCAACGUUUCCUGCGGGUGAAAUCGGGUUCGCGUUCACCGUGCACAACGGAAUUGACAUACGGAGUUGUCGUCGAGGGAGGAACGAGGCGCGAUUAAACCACGACGAUUCCUCCGUGGUAAACAGCCGCUCAACGACGAAGACGAGAGAAACGAGGGACGCCAAUAAAUAUCGAAUUACGUUGGAACUCGCUUCGGGAUCGGGAAUAAAGCGAACCGCUCGAAUCGUCUCCAACCGAGCAACGAAAAAUCCUGUCUCUGUCCGCCCAGAACAGUCUCCUUUCUCGCCGAGCGGAGACGAUUUCUAGAAAGCGGAGCCCAUCCCCGAUUUUUCCAUCGCGUCGAAUCGAUAAAUCGACAAAUCGAAGGAUCCGCCAACAACGAUCCUCCUAUAUUCCAACGUUUCGUCAAUCUUAUCUAUCUUACUUUUGAAAUCGGCUUUCUUCGAAAUCCGACGGGAGUCGGACACUGGCAGCGACUAGUCCCUCUGGAUCAACGAUCAUCGCCACGAUUUACAAGUUCAAGCGUUGUGCGUCCGCACAGGCGCCGAUAACGAGUUGCAUUGAAAGCCUAUCGCCACGAUACGAGAGAGUCUCAUUUUUAUCACGGUCGCGACGCGCUUCCUCCUCGAGUCGUCGGUCGCGCGCCGGCCGCGCGUAAACACUAGCUUAUUAUUCCGUAUAAUAAUGUCGUAGCGUAUCGUAGAUAGGAAAAAAGGGAGAUGGCGAAUCGCGAAUGGCGAUUUUUACAUCUCGGUCGACGAGACGACGACGAAAAUGGGAGGGGAGGGGGAAAGGAGGAGAGAAGCGGAGCGAAAAAUGGAAUUUCACGAAGUCGAAUACGAACGGGGCAGACGAACACCAGCUGUUGACCUCUCUUCUGCUUUCUGAUCUUUGAUCUUUCGUUUCGAGAUAAUCGUUCGCGUAGCCGAUCGAAACGAUACGGUUCGUAGACGGAGCGUCGAUGGAUCAUCUGCAGACCGAAGGAAUCAAUUCUUCGCGACGUACCGGCACCGAUAGAACGGCGCCACUCCACUCCAACGCGUUCGAAACUUUUCUCGCCUGUCAUCGACACACCCGCACAACGUUUCGUUUCGUCCUUCGAAUUUUAUUUUAUUUUAUUUUACCUGUGAAAAGGAUACACCGAGGAUUUCCACUUUUUCUUUCUCUCUUUCUUCUUCCCCCUGCGUUCUUCGAGCUAAGAGGAGAAGCGACACGAAUUCCAUUCGACGCGAGCCGCCCGCUGCCCGUCACAAUCGGAAACGGAGGAUUGUUCCGCUCGAUUGGCUGAAAGAACGCAGAUAACGAAUCGAUGGAAAAAGGUGGAUCGAUGGAGCACGGAUCGAGUCAUUUUUGUGGAAAGAUUGGCGAAAAAUUCUGAGAGAUGAUACUUUUUUCUCGCCUCGAAAGGAACGAUCGAUGAUUAUACACAUAUAAAAAAAAAAAAAAAAAAUAGAAAAGAAUUCGGAGGAUUUUUCGAGGGAACCGCAGACAAAUAGAGUUAACAAGAGGCUCGUGUACGUACGGAGGAAAAUUCUCUGCCCAGCAAUAUCGUAACGUUAUUAAGAGUGAUCACCGACGUUGCAGAACUUUCCGCAGACGCAAGGAGACUUUUUCACGGACAAUGGGAACAAUGAGGAACAAUUUCGCGGCGGUCUUUGUGCUUCACAUCCUGAUGCACUUGACGAGUCAAUCCCUCUCCCUACGCGGCACCAACGAAAAUUCCUCCAAGAGAAACAGUUUGUCCGAACUGCGAUCGACGUCCUCCCCGAUCUACGAAUGCCUCUUCCUAGAUCCGGAUCUGCCCAUUUGCGACGAGAAAUUAAUGUUGAAGUUGGCGGAGGAGGAUUGGUCGAGCGAUCAAGAUAAUUUUGGUAAAAAUAGCGGGCGACGCUCGACGAGAAACGUCGAUGUAUCCACGACGGACGUCAUAGUGUACACCAUUGAGGGUUGUUUACCGUCUAAGAUACCCUUCUCGAUGCCUUCCUGCGAGGGGAUUUCCUUGGACAAGAUCGUGGAUGUGCAGAAAUUCCGCCCCUUCGUCGUGAAGGGAGUGACAAAGCCACCGUUCGUGUUCCCGAAAUUCAAUUAUCGCGAAUGGCAGCGUAUGAUGAUGCGGUUGCAGAAUCAUGUUUCGCCGCAGACGGAAUUCAAAGAAGAACACCCGAUCGGUAGUACGUUCGAGGGAGCGUCGCCGUCGUCGCCGUCGUCGUCGUCGUCGUCGUCGUCGUCGUCGUCGCCGUCGUCGUCGUCGUCGUCGUCCGUCGAUCGAUCCGUGGUUCAGGAAGAAGUAAGAAAGCAAGAGCUGAUGAAGGCAGCCACGAAGAAGGAAAUGAUGCCGAAUAAGAUUGCCGUUAUUACGACCAACUCGAACGACUCGUCGCCGAACAACACGCGCAUUCUUGAUAAUUCCAAACUUGAGGGAUCGGUGGAUCGACCAAGGACGAGCGAGGAAUUCUCCGAUACCGUAUCGCGGGCGGCUCCCACCUCUGCAAGCGUAGAAAAUCGAUCCCGUGAUCGAAUCGAUAAUUCCGAGGAAUCGACGCCUAACGAGUCCCCCGAUCGUUCCAAGUUCGACGUUGGAGAAAAUCCCGAAAUUCCGAAUACACCGCCUCGCCACGAUACUCGCCCUCCCGUCGUCCCUCCGGAGUUAUCCUCCAACGAGCUUCUAAACUAUCAUAAUUCCGACAAAUUCUCAGGAUCGUUUCCCGAGGGGAAGGAGACGAGUGCGGUCGAAGGCGGGGUUGCGCGCGAUUUCCCAUUCAAAAAAAUGAUAGUCGGAGCGUUGAGAAGAAGAAGAAGGUUAGCGGGCCGAGCGUCGGCCAACGGAUCGUGGUCGGAUGCGUCUAAUUGCGAAACGAAAGCAAAAAUUCGAGCGAUUCGAAUGUAUUAAAAUUCGAUCGGCGAGCCAAUACGUUUGCGAAUCUCCUCUCAAAUAUCGCAAUUUUGAGAGGUAACUCGUCUCGUCCAUCGCUCCCGACUCCGUUUCCGAUUCCUCGGACAACGGAUUCCAUGAUUCGCGCGGGAGCUGCUCCAACUGCGUGUUUACGCGACACGUGUUUCGCUCGUUUCGAUCGAUCCUGGUGCACGAAACUUUUGCUCGUGUUCGAAAAUACGAAUCGAUACCUUAAAUUCCCCCUCCCGCCCGGAUUAACCCGAGGAACGUAUCCCGAGGAAUUCUUUCCUUUCUUUCUUUUUUUUUUUUUGGAUGGAGGACAUUUCAAGAAUUUGACAGUAGAUCAUUUAAUUUAUAAUUGUAGGUUUCUUUUCUUUUUUUCCUUUUAAUUUAUUCAAACGAGUGUAAAUGUCGUCCAGACGAGUUCGACGAGUAAUUAUAAGUGUUAUUUAAACGUGAUAAUUCGUUAUUUAUUCAAGUAAAUUGAUCAGCAUAACAGAAAGUUUCGUUCAUUUUCACUUUAACAACAGUUUUCACACGUGUGCAUUUUUGUGGCAAAGUUACUACGUAAGUUAUUACGUAAUGGUACUUGAAGUGUCCUUGACAUUUAUAAGCCUAAAAUAUUUCACAUUCUUUUUCGCAUUCACUUUGUCCACUCUGUAUAUAAGACUCUUGGUGCGCGUCAUGCGUUACAAUUACGAAUAAUUACCAACUAUCAAUUACUUGGUUAACCAAAAUGACAAAGCAUCGAAUAUCGUUUUCGUGCGAAAGAUUGAAUGGUAGGAGGGUCUGGGAAAAUCGCGGGAAAAGUCACUUCCUCUAGAGAAUGCUCUACUCUAUCGCGGCGAUAAACAAUGGAAUCUGCUAACUCGUGUGCCCGAUCUUGCUUGAAAUUUACAAUGAAAUUUGUCAACGAAGACGAGCUGUCAAAUUGAAAGGGGAUAGGGUUAAAACCGGUUACCAGAAUCGAGAAUACCGAUGCUCCAUUUUUUUUCUCUUCUUCUUCUUCUUCCUCUUCCCCUUCCCCUCGGUCGUUCCCCAAUAUCGGUCUAAGCAUGGAACAACUCGUCCCGACUCGAUGACGCCACGUUUCGACGAAUCGCGUGACUUUUCUUCGCGGGAAGGAAUACAAAAUUAUACAUUUUCCGUUUCUCCAAUUAAAAUUAAAUAAUUAUCUUUCGAUUCCGUUUUCCUUAUCUCAAGAUUUUCGUUCCCGAUUUCGACAACUAUUUGAUCAACUCUAGAAAUACGAACGCUCGACGCAUCUAGGAGAACGUUGACGCAAUAAUUGAUAAUUGGAUAGAUUUUUAAGAUCCUACAUUAUUCGAAAUUAUUUUUGAAGAAGAGUUCAAGAUCAAAGAAGACUUGGAUGGAUGGAUAUAAAUCUUUGUGUAUCUUUACUUUAUCAUCUUUUAUAAGAGAGAACGUGAAUGGUAAGUAAGAUUUCGCUACGUUACCUAUGAUCUCGUUCAUGUAAUGUAAUACAAGUUAGUGCGUAGUCGAUAAGUCGAUUCGACGACAUUUUAUUUAAUCGAUUAGGAUUAGGAUUAGGAUAGAAUAUUAACUUAACGAGAAAUUGUCACUUUGCGAUUCCACGUAUCUCUGUAUACGUGGAAUCUGUAUACACUGUAAACUAUCUAUUACGAAUAAAAAGUGCCACGUGACGGACGACGUCCGAUCCUUA